AUGAAGGUCCGGUACUUAACCACCAGCGCUGUGCGACUGCUCAAAAAAGCUCAAUUUGAUGUCAAAAGUGUUGUGCGCCAGCUGCCGCUUUAUGCUGAGUCCAUCAAAUUGCGGCAAUUGGCUAGCAGCGACGACCUUCUCCAGCAAUUAAACCAAUUGCCCCUACAAGAACAGAAUGCCAAGACCCUAGAUACCCAGAUAGCCAAGAUUCAAACCCAGCGCAAAAUCAUCGAAAGGGAAAUAAAGACGGACAGGAGCAAACUCCCGCAAUCGCAGCGUGAAUUGGCGGAAUUGAAAGCCUCGUUCCAAGAGGCCACGGCGCAGCUCAAGACGAUCCAGGACCAAGUUUACGAAAUUUGUCUAUCGCUCCCGAACCUGGUUUCCCAAGACGUGCCUCCAACAGAACCACAAGAGGUCCGGUGGAUCAAUGCACUUCCGAAGUACGAAGCGGACCCUUCGCGGGACCAUCACGACAUCAUGGUGAAAAAGAAGCUUGUCAACUUCAAAGCCGCCGCUACACUUUCCGGGAACUCGUGGUAUUAUCUGCUCGGCGACGGCGCUCUUUUAGAACAGGCCUUGGUCUCUUACGCCACCAGACGCGCUCGUGAACAUGGGUUUUCCAUGUGCAACCCACCGAGCAUUGUCAAAAACGGAAUUAUCGACGCCUGCGGCUUCAGGCCGCGCGACAUGAACAACGAGCAGCAGAUCUAUCACAUUGACAACACAGGUCUGGGUUUGACUGCGACAGCUGAGAUCUCCCUUGCCGGAAUGGAGAUUGACAGCGUCCUAGACCUCUCAAAGGGCACCAAGAAAAUGUGCGGUGUUAGUCGAAGCUAUCGAGCCGAGGCAGGCGCCCGGGGAAGAGAUACCAGGGGACUGUACCGUGUGCACGAAUUCACGAAAGUGGAACUCUUUUGCUGGGCGCUGCCAGAGUACAGUGGUCGUGUUCUACAAGAAUUAUUGGACUUCCAAAUAAAGCUGACAUCGGAGCUGGGAAUCACAGCUAAAGUCCUGAAUAUGCCUGCCAAUGACCUGGGAGCCCCUGCGUACCGCAAAUUCGAUAUCGAGGCCUGGAUGCCCGGUAGAGGGUCCUUUGGCGAGAUUACAAGCACAUCUAAUUGCACCGAUUUUCAAAGUCGUCGCAUGGGCACCAAAUUCAAAGACACAGUGACAGAGAAGUCCUCGUUUGUGCACACGCUUAACGGCACUGCAGUCGCGGUUCCUAGAGUGAUUCUGGCCAUUGUGGAGAAUUUCUACGAUCCAUCUACGAAUUUGAUUAAAAUUCCAGAGCCAUUGGUGCCAUACAUGGACGGUAAGCGGUACAUUUAG